AUCCAUCCUCUCAGGAUCCAAGAUGGCGGCUGCGGCAGCAGCAGCAGCGGCGGAGGUUGCAUCGGCGGCGGCGGUGCCUCCUCCUCCUCCUCCGUCGCCGCCGCCGCCGCCGCCGCCUGCAGCUCCUGCAGCUCCUCCGUCGGGGAGCCCUUCAUUCCCGGGCUCUUGUCCCAACUUCGCCGUGGUCUGCUCCUUCCUGGAGAGGUACGGAGCCCUCCUCGACCUCCCGGAGCUGCCUUUCCCGGAGCUGGAGCGGGUCUUGCAGGCGCCUCAGGAGCAGCAGCAGCAGCAGGUUCCAAGAGAGCUGGUAGAACUUCAUCUCAAACUGAUGAGAAAGAUUGGGAAGUCUGUCACAGCAGAUCGAUGGGAAAAAUACUUAAUUAAGAUGUGUCAAGAAUUCAAUAGUACCUGGGCAUGGGAGAUGGAGAAAAAAGGAUACCUUGAAAUGAGUAUUGAAUGCAAAUUGGGAAUACUGAAGUACCUCUGUGAGUGCCAGUUUGAUGAUAAUCUGAAAUUUAAGAAUAUCAUUAAUGAGGAAGAUGCAGACGCUAUGCGCCUUCAACCACUUGGCAGAGACAAAGAAGGCCUGACAUAUUGGUACCAGUUGGACCAAGAGCACAAUGUUAGGAUGUAUGUGGAAGAGCAGGAUGAUCAAGAUGGAUCUUCAUGGAAGUGCAUUGUCAGAAGCCGAAACGAACUGGCUGAAACUCUUGAACUCUUGAAAGCACAAAUUGAUCCUGAGCUAUUGAAAAACCAGCAGCAGGAUAACUCCUCACGAGAGAGCCCUAGUAUUGAAGAUGGCGAGGCCAAAAAGGGGGAAGCAACGGCAGCCCAAGUAACUGAAUUAAAAGUGAAGAAAGAAAAAGAAGAGACAAAGGAGGAGCAGACAAAGCAACCAGAAAAUCUUCCAUCUCCUGUAGUUCCAGAAGAGGAAAACAAGUUAAAACCAGAGAGAGUGGAGGAGAAAGAAAUUAUAAAAUUGCCAGUUAUAGUAAAACUAGAGAAACCUUUGGAAAAUAAUGGGGAAAUUCAGAUUACCAAAGAAGAAAAUGACUCUUUUAAGGAAAAUGUUAAGCCUGUUAAAGCAGACGUCAAGGAAUAUAAGCUAGAGCCAAAAGACUUGAAAGAUGUAAAUAAUAUUACAGAGAAAACUGUCCAUGAGCCUGAGAGAACAGAAUUCUGUGUGAGUGUCAAAGCUCCCCAGGAGGUUGUAGAGAGAACUGUGGAAGAAAGCGAAAAACUCAAAAAUGACCAGCAAGCAAAGAUCCCACUGAAAAAGCGAGAGAUUAAGCUGACCGAUGAUUAUGACAGUCCGCUAAAAGCACCUUUGCGGAAAUGUAUUACCCCAACAAAGGAUGUUUUGAAAGAGGAAGGGAAACAGGAGGAGGAGACAUUUAAAAGAGUUCCUACGAUUACUGAUGGGAAAUUCCUUGUGAAUGGGGAGGUUAGUGAGAAAAUGAUACCAAAUAACAAAUUUGAACAUUUUUCCAGCACAAAGGAAGACUCUUCCAUCCACUCUAAGGAGAAAAAUGGUGUGAGUGGUGAAAAAAUACUAGAGACUGUUAGCACAAUCAUAAGAACAAGCGAUGCAGAAAGAAAUAUUUUGCAUAUGGGGAAGGAGAUAGCUAGUGUGAUUACUGAGAUUCCAGAUCAGAAAGUGCCUUUAAAGGAAGAAACUGGCUCAAAAGAAAAGGAAAACUUACUUGAGAGUAAAAGUCCGGGUGUUAUUGUAGAGGCACCUUCCAAAACAGAUGAGAGUCUUAAGAAGUCUGAAGAAUCCAUUAAAGCAAAAGUCGGCCUGCCACUUCCCAAGGAGUGUCUAGAUAAAUCUUCUAAAGCAUCUUCCCCAAAGGAGCUGGUUAGUCCAACAGAUGAAGAGGGUUUGACAAGUAAAGACCAGACAGAAGAGAAAACAGACUUACCAAGAGCAGGUGUGGCUCUGUCUCCACCUUCAGGCCCUCAGUCUAUGAAACCUGUGGCUGAAAAAGAGGACUCUGAUUCCAAAAGCACUGAGAAAAACAAAAUGCAUGAGGAGCAGGAUUCUAAACCAGAGAAGGGUGCUGAAGCUGAAGACAGAGAGACAUCCAAAUUAAGUAAUGCCCAAAGUUCUGUUGAGGAACCAUUGGAACCUAAAAAAGGGUCUAUGAAAAGCAAGUGCAAAUAUAAGCUGGUUUCUGAAGAAGAAAAUUCUCUCACAGAGAACAGGGAAAUAACAUCUGAGAGGCAGAAAGAUGGGAUCAAACUCACAAUCAGAAUAUCGAGUAGAAAGAAAACUGCUCUUUCUUCAAAAAACCAGAAUACAGCAGCUGAAAAGGAGGAGGAAGUGGUAAAUGUUGGGCGCAUUUUGAGGAGAUCGCCUCGAAUAUCCAAACCUACUCCUAAAAUAGUGGAAACCCGUGAUCAGAAGCCUGAGAAAAAACGAAACGAGGAAGAGGAAGAGACACCAGCCACAGUGCAAAAGCAGGAGAAGAAAGAGGACUCAAAAAAGCAAGAGAAAGGCAUGAAUUCAAAGGCAAGCAAGGCUUCACAGAGAAGUAAAGUUCGAUGGGCUGGGACUCGAACUCGUGGCAGGUGGAGAUACUCAAGCAAUGAUGAGAGUGAGGGUUCAGAGAGUGAAGAAAACUCUGAGGAGGAGGAAGAGGAUGAAGAGGAAGAGGAGGAAGAGGAACCCGUACCCGCUGAUGACGAUGAACCAUGCAAGAAGUGUGGGCUUCCCAAUCACCCUGAGCUGAUUCUCUUGUGUGACUCCUGUGACAGUGGCUACCAUACGGCAUGCCUUCGGCCGCCGCUGAUGAUCAUUCCUGAUGGAGAGUGGUUCUGUCCACCUUGCCAACAUAAAUUACUCUGUGAGAAGUUAGAAGAACAGCUGCAGGACCUUGAUGUUGUCUUGAAAAAGAAAGAACGUGCAGAACGAAGGAAGGAACGCCUUGUGUACGUGGGGAUCAGUAUUGAGAAUAUCAUUCCUCCACGAGAGCCUGAAAUACCUGAAAUCAUAGAUGAAAAGAAGAAAGAUCCAAAAAAAUCAAAGGCAAAGCUGCAUGAAAGGAGGUCAACAAGGCAACGGAAAUGCAUCAGCUAUAGAUUUGAUGAGUUUGAUGAAGCCAUUGAUGAAGCAAUUGAGGAUGACAUCAAGGAGGCUGAUGGAGGAGGUGGAGGAAGAGGGAAAGACAUGUCUAACAUCACAGGCCAUCGUGGGAAGGAUAUUUCCACCAUCCUGGAGGAAGAAAGAAAGGAAAGCAAGCGGCCUUCAAGGGCUGCUGCAGUUCGUCGCAAGAAACGACGGCGACUGAAUGACCUGGACAGCGACAGCAACCUGGAUGAAGAAGAGAGUGAGGAUGAGUUCAGAAUCAGUGAUGGAUCUCAGGAUGAGUUUGUUGUGUCAGAUGACAAUGUAGAUGAAAGUGAAGAGGAUCAGCCGUCGCAUGAUGACAGUGAUACAGAGUUUUCAAGGCGUCGGCCAAGGCGGCACCAUUCUAGGCCAAUGAGGCAAAGCAGACGGCUACGGAGAAAAACAGUCAAGAAAAGAUACUCAGAAGAUGAUGAAGAGGAGGACUCUGAGGAUAAUGUAAGCGCCGACUCUGAAAGUGAUAUUUCUUCAGAUUACAGUGAUGAAGAUUACUUAGAAACUCGGAGGAGAUCUCGGCGGAAUCAAAAGAGACAAGUCAACUAUAAGGAAGAUUCUGAAAGUGAGGGUUCUCAGAAAAGCUUCCGAUAUGGAAAAGAACUGAGAAGAGUUCAUAAGCGCAGGCUCUCCAGUUCAGACAGUGAAGAGAGCUACAUUGCCAAGAACUCUGAAGAUGACAAACCAGCCAAGUCAAAGAGGUCAGUUCGGAAACGCAGUCACAGCAGCGAUGAGGACUCGGAAGGUGAAGAAGGGGAUGAGGAAGGGCGGCCUAUCCGAAAGCGUCUUAAUCGGAUUGAAACGGAUGACGAAGACAACUGUGGUAACACCAACGAUGAGACCAGCAAACCCACACCUGCCAGCAAGCCUUUGGCACCCCAUGCUCCUCAAGACAUCACCAAGAAGCCCUGCUACCGGAUAGAAAGUGAUGAUGAUGAUGACUUUGACAAUGUGGGGAAGGUCGAAAGCCCAUUGGACUACAGCCUGGUGGAUUUGCCAUCCACCAAUGGACAGAGCCCUGGGAAAACAAUUGAGAACUUGAUUGGAAAGCCUGCGGAAAAGGUCCCCACCCCCAAGGACAGCACAGCCAAUACCAGCUUGGCACCCAACGGGACAAGUGGUGGCCAGGAGGCAGGAGGCCCAGAGGAAGAUGAGGACGAACUCUUGCGAGUGACUGACCUUGUUGAUUACGUCUGUAACAGUGAACAGUUAUAAGACUUCGUUUUUGUGCUAAUUUAUUCCACGGUAGCUCAUACCAGCGGGCCAGUUAUUAAAAGGUGUUUUAUUUUUCCUAGAAAACUCCACUACAGUAUCACUUUUUAGCAGUCAGAAGUUCACCAGUCCUGCAGUUUGGGGUAAUUUUUUCUCUCCGCCUGCCUGCCUCCUGUGAAACUACCAGGUUUUUUUGGAACGCUUUUUUCAAGAUAAUUACUAUAAAUCCCCUUUUAAUUCUCUUCUCUCCCCCUCCCUCUUCUUCCAUUUUCACAUCUUGAACUUCAUCCAUACACACCCCUUGUAGGAAACAAAAGAUUUGUAUAUUUUUGACUUUAUAUUUCCUGAAUGCACACAAAUUUAGGGGCUAGAGUGCUGAGGGGUGGGAUGGGGUGGCCAAAAGUAAGCAUUCCAAGUUGGUCAGGGCCCAAAAUCUGAAUUGGGAUGGGUGGGUGGCAGCAAAUGUGGGAAGAGGGUAGGGGGCUACAGAAGCACUUGUGCUCCAACUUUUUAAUAGGAGAUAUAUAUUAUAUUUAAAUGUUCACAACUUAGAUUACAAUUUAACAUGCAAUUUUAAGGAAGAAGAAAUAUUAUCUUUACUGUUGCAUUUUGUGACUUGUAGGUUGACUUACCAUAGUUCAUUUUAGUAUUCGCUUUCCUGAAAAGCAGCCUUGAUAAGCCCCUGAAGAUUUCCACAAUGGAGAGAGGUGAAGGAAGUACCAUGGCAGAUAAAGGAUCUCAUGUCAUCUUUUAAUUUGCAGUUCCCUCUAAUAAACGUCUUUUAAAAGUGUUUUGUACAGUAA